AUCUGUUUGUGUGUGUAUAUGCUCUCCCCAUCUCUCUCUCUCUCUCUCUAGGAAUAAAUAUAUGUCACUUCCACUCUUGUGAACCUCCAUAAAUACUCUUUAUCUCCAACACCCUCCACUCUCUUUCAUUUCUCUACUCUCUUCAAUUACUCCACUCCUUUGAUAACACCACAACAAAUUUAGGGUUCUUCUUUCAAGUCUUUAUAUGAUCAUGGGAAUUGAGAGGCCUGCAUGGUUGGAAGCACUCCACACAGAGAAAUUCUUCGUGGGUUGUUCAUACCAUGAAACAUCAAAGAAGAAUGAGAAGAACAUAUGUUGUUUGGAUUGUUGUAUAAGUAUAUGCCCUCACUGUUUACCUUCUCAUCGUCACCAUAGGCUUCUUCAGGUUCGACGAUACGUUUAUCAUGAUGUUGUUAGAUUGGAAGACCUUCAAAAGCUCAUAGAUUGCUCCAAUGUUCAGGCAUAUACUAUCAACAGUGCAAAAGUGGUGUUUAUCAAGAAGAGACCUCAGAACAGACAAUUUAAAGGGGCUGGAAAUUAUUGUACUUCCUGUGACAGAAGUCUCCAAGAACCCUAUAUUCAUUGCUCACUUGGAUGCAAGGUGGAUUUUGUGGUGAAACAUUACAAGGACUUGUCUCCAUUCCUAAGGCCAUGCAAGUCUCUAAAACUAAGUCCAGACUUCUUGAUUCCUCAAUUUGACAACAACGUUGGAGAAGACGAAGUGAUGACCAAUGAGACAGCCAAUUCGACAAUUGUGGACUCCGAUGAGCCAAUGAGCUGGUCCUCGGCCUCGGGUUUCUCAUCAUCAUCAUCGGGGUCCGACAACAUGAGCGUGGCAUGCACGACCCAGAUUGUCCGAAAGAAGAGAAGCGGAGUAAUCUAUGUGUGCAAUAGAUCAGCCCCAAAUUAUAAGGAUGAAGACAUGGCUACAAGCAUGAAUAGAAGGAAAGGCAUUCCUCAUAGAUCUCCUUUGUGUUGAUUCAUAUUGAAUAAUUAAUAAACCUAAUUGGGUUUCUUUUUCCUACUUCCAAACAAUUUCUUGACUCAUAUUUUUGACUGAAUCUUUUAAUGUACUAGUAUUUAUCUCCCUUUAUCUUGAAAUUAAGUUAAUUAAUUAAUUAA